AAUUAUUGCUGGCGAUUUUCUUUUCAGGCUUACAUUGUUUGCUGUUCUGUUACUAUUCAAUGAAGUCAUUCCUUGAUUUUUCUGUGUUUCAGUUUAGAGCUAUAUAGUCUCCAUCAACUCAAGAAACGAUGGAAACCUGCAAGAUGGAAAUGGGAAGAAACGGUCUCUUAGGAUAUCUGCUCUUCUUUCAUGUAAUACUAAUUAUAUUUCACACCAUUGAUGGGUCAGUUGUUCGUGGGGGAAAUACACUUUUCUUAGGCGACUCGCUUACUGGAAAUCAAACAAUAAUCUCAAUGAAUGGGAUGUUUGAAUUGGGAUUCUUUAACACAAAUGGAAGUAAUAACUGGUAUAUUGGCAUCUGGUAUGCCAAAGUACCAGAGACAAAGGUUUGGGUGGCUAAUAGGGAGACUCCCGCAAGAGACAGGCCUGGCAUUUUGAACCUGUCAAGAGAAGGUCAUCUGGGACUGUUUGAUGCAAAAGGUGGAUCUGUAUGGUCGGUCAAUGUGUCCAAGAAUGCUUCAAAGGCUGUAAUAUUAGACUCGGGUAACUUUUUAAUGGUGGCUGAUGAGAAUAUAUCUGACUCUCUUUGGGAGAGUUUCGACCAUCCUGUAGACACCUGGUUACCCGGGAUGAGGUUCGGUGGACAGCAAAAGUUAGUUUCUUGGAAAAACUCAUUGGAUCCCGCUCCUGGGCUUUUCUCCUUCCACAUGGAUCCAUCCGGGGUUAAACAAUUUGUGCUAACUUGGAACAACUCUGUACAGUAUUGGAGGAGCGGAACAUGGAAUGGCGAAAUUUUCCAGGAAAUCCCAGAAAUGGGAAACAAAGGCUUCUACAAUAUCAGCGUUGAACGUGUUGGCUCAUUUUUGUAUAUGACUUAUUCACCGAUUCAUCCCAUAUUUAAGGUAUCCCGUUUCGUCCUAGUUACCUUAGGGGCAAUUCAAGAAUACAAUCUGAUUGAGGGCAGCAAAUGGAACAUGUUCUGGUCCGAACCCAGAGAUCAGUGUGCCGUAUAUGGUCUCUGUGGGGUUUAUGGAACCUGCAACUCCAACCAUCUUACCUUCUGCAGCUGUGCAGAAGGCUUCAAGCCCAAAGACGAUCUGUCUUGGAGAUCGCGAGAGUGGUGGUCAAGUGGUUGUGUUAGGCAGAGCCCGUUGAGCUGCGAUACAGAAAAUGAAAGCACUGACCAGUUCUUCGAGUCGAAAGUAAUGUUGCCUGAUGAUAAUUACUCUUUCUCAUUACCUGCACCCACAAAAAAAGAUUGCCAGAAAGCGUGCCUCCGCAACUGCUCGUGCACUGCAUUUACUUUCAAUCCGCCUUCAUGGGCGUGCAAAAUCUGGUCAGGAGAUCUGCUAAACAUGUACAGUUUUGCAUCACAAAGCAAUACAAAUGUGUCCAUUAGAGUAGCUGCCUCUGCACUUCUUAAGUUUCAUAGGCCAUCUUCCUCAGAAGGCAAAACCACACGUAUUGUGGGCGCAACGCUUGGUACCAUUGGUGCUCUUGGCGUUGUUUUGGGUAUAUUUUCGAUUGUAAUGUGGCGGAAGCAUCGGCUACGAUCGACUGAGAGGUAUGGAGAUUCCUCCAAUUCUUUUCUUAGAAUGUUUAGCUACAAGGAGUUGAAAAUUGCAACUAGGAAUUUCAGCUCUCAGUUGGGGAGCGGAGGAUUUGGCUCAGUGUUCAAAGGAACUCUAACGGACGGUACGCUUGUGGCUGUAAAGAAUAUGGAGGGUUCAUCACAAGAUGAGAAGCAAUUCCGAGCGGAAAUCAGUUCCCUUGGAAACAUUCAACAUGUAAAUCUGGUCAGGCUUCGAGGGUUUUGUGCAGAAGGAUCCAGACGCUUACUGAUUUAUGAUUUCAUGCCGAACGGCUCUCUGGAUUCUUUACUGUUCACAAGUGACUCAAAAACUGAACGGAAGGUACUUGACUGGAAGACUCGAUUUGAGAUAGUAUUAGGCACUGCAAGAGGGUUACUUUAUCUUCAUGAAGAAUGUAGAGAUUGCAUCAUUCACAGCGAUGUUAAACCAGGAAACAUUCUUCUGGACAGUAAUUUGUCACCCAAGAUAGCAGAUUUUGGUUUGGCAAAGCUUGUGGGUAGAGGUUUUAGCCACGUGCUGACCACUACAAGAGGAACGAGAGGUUACUUGGCUCCAGAGUGGAUCUCCGGUCUUCCCAUCACUCCCAAAGUUGACGUCUACAGUUUUGGUAUGACGCUCUUCGAAAUCAUCUCGGGGCGAAGAAAUCUGGAGUUAAAUGUACAAGAUUCAAGUAAGUAUUACUUUCCUGUGUGGGCUGCAACUCAGAUUAACCAGGGAAAGGCGAUUAAUAUUGUGGAGGAGGGUGUUGCAGAGGAGGAAGAUAUUGAAGAGGUGAGAAGAGCAAGUAUUGUAGGUUUGUUAUGCAUAGAAGAGGAUGAGUAUAUGAGACCAAACAUGGAGCAAGUGGUGCGGAUGCUGGAAGGGAAGUUGGAGCCUCGAACUCUGCAGAUUCAGAAGUCUCUACCCGAGGAAGAGCAAGCAGAACAAAGCCAGACUAGUACGGAUAGCGGUGGCAAUGGCAUUAGUUAAAGUAAUGUACCUGUAAGAAACUGUUGUGGUGAACAUGUCAUUUUAAUUAAUAUGUUUUAUGUUUAA